AGUGUUCCAUGUUAUCUGAUUCUGAUAUUCAGGUUGAGGAAAAUCCACAAGGAAUUAUGUCUCAUAAAGAAUCACAUGUGUCAAAGGUUUUGUCAACAAGGAGGUUUCUUAAUCCGGCUGGAUCACGUCCUCCAAACUGCGUAAACAGUUGUGAAACUUGCACUCCAUGCACACCUGUCCUCGUUUCGGGGCCAGCACCUGAAUCAGAGGUGUGGAAGUGCAAAUGCAAGGAUAAGUUAUACGAUCCAAUUGGUUAAAAAUUAUUUAUAUGUAUGUUUAAUAUCAAAUUAUGAUCAAUAAAUGAGACUCCACGCUACGGUAAUUAGAGUCUUC